AUGUUUCGAAGAGCGCAUUUAUUUCUGAUGUUUGCUACCUUUGGCAUAUGUUUCCUAGUCGCGUGGCGUGUGGGGCUUUUUGACCGCCAACCGUUACGACUAGUCAGAACUAGUACGGUGAGCCUACAAACAUUAAUACGAGAUGUAAACAAAGUCCUCAACGAAUCCAUUUCUGUCAAUCAGAAUCUAGUAAAGCGUGCUGGCCCGGUAAAAACUGUUGAAACAAAACCCAUUACAGCGACGCCCGUGCCUGAACAGACUUUGCCACCUUUAACAGCAGAGCCUCAAGACCGUUUCUAUGGAAAAGGAUGCAGAACGAAUCGUUAUCGCGAACGCUUACAGAAGAUUUUGCACGAAUGGGAAAAUAUUGCAAAACGCAGAGAUAUCACGCAAUAUUUUAUAUGCUUCGGCUCGUUUUUGGGCUCAGUACGAAAUGGAGAUAUGGUCCCGUACGAUUCAGAUAUGGAUGUUUGUAUGUUUCGACAUGAUUACCACAAGCUGUAUCCAGAAGAAUCGCAAAGACCGGUGAAUCUUAAUGACGGAAAAAUUCACAUGUUGCUACAGAGGCACUCGCCCCACCCAAGAGCGAACACACCUCGCAAAGACUGUAGAGGGAAAAUCGUCCGCAGUGUCACAGAUAAUUGUGCAAUCCUAGAUCCCCACGGCCGGCUGUACCUCGGGGCUUUGAUAUACCUUGACAUUUUCAUGCUUGAGGACCACGGUGCUAGCUUUUGGGACGAAUAUCGCGAUCGAAUUCACCCACGUGAUUCGAUAUUACCCGUCAAACCGUGUAAAUAUCUGGGACUAGACACGCAGUGCCCUAACAGUGCUGAGAUGUAUUUAAAUGUUUACUAUGGAAAGGAUUACAUGAAACCACACCAUUUAUGCAGAAAUGGAAAAUGGGUGCAAAAUAUGGCCGGAGCCAGAGCGCCAUUUAUUUAA